AUGGAAAUAACACAACCUGAAAAAAAGAAACUUGGAAUUUUGAUGAACACAAUUUCACUAAAAGGAAUUCUUGCAAUUGCAAUGAUAUUUAUAUUAAUCACUGGUGGAAUUACUAUUAUUGCCAUUAUAUCACCAAAACCAUAUCUUCAAACAAAAGUUGGAUUAUGGGAAUGUUCACAAUCAACACCCACUUUUAAUCCUAAUGUCUGUAAAGGAUGGGACUCUUAUACUACAUUAACUUCACCAUCUACAGAUAAAAAUAUUUCUACUUCUAUUGUUGUUGGACCAUUUGCAACAUUAAAUAAAGAUGUAACAUUUGGAUUUUUACUUAAGAAUGUUUUUACAAGUUCUAGUAUGCCUUAUUUUAGUUUUAAAUUAAACUUAGAAUAUUCAUUUCAACCAUUUAGUGAUAUUAAACUUGUUUCAACUGUUAAUUAUGUUAGAGAAACUGCACAAAACAUUAAUGUUGAAUGUACUAAUGGAAAUGAAUUUUGUAAAGUUGACUUUAGUGUAUUUAAACGAUUUGGUACAUUGACAUAUGAACGAUUUGAUAUCUUUUCGUUAUCAUCUAGUUCAUUAGAAAAAAUGGAUCAAGCUGAAUUCUAUGGAACACUUCAAACAUCAAAUUCAUCAUCAACAGUAUUUGAAAUAUUUUGGAGAAUUUCUUUAGCCUUUAGUAACUGUAUUGUAUUAUGUUUAUUUUUCUGGUUCCUUCGAUUAUAUUCAGUUUUUAAUUGGGCAUUAGAACAACACUUAACUGGUUUAUUGAUUUAUGGAUUAAUCCUUUUUAAUAAUCCAUUUUGUUUAUUGGAACACAUUACAGGGGCACCAUUCUUUUUAUUGGUAGAUUCAUUCUUCGAAAGUUUCUUCACUGGAUAUUUAAUGUUUUACAUAUUAGUAAUUUUUAAUUCAGUUAGAAGACCAGAACGAGCUAAAGGAUUUAUUCCAUUGGUUGUUCGUGCUAUUAUGGCUAUUGUUAUUUCAUGUUCAGCAUUUGGAAGUAUUCUUUCUAUUCGUAUGACCCUUCAAUCAAAUAGUAAAUUCCAUUCAAAUCCUUUAACUAUUUUCUUUAGUGUCAUGUUUUUGUUGAGUGUUGUCAUUUAUUUAUUCUGGUUAUUAUUUGAAGUUAUUAGAUCAUUCAGUGAAAGAAGAAAGAUGAAUGGUAGUAACAAAAAUAGAAUUGUUAUUUUUGGUAUUGUUACUUUUGGAUGUAUUUUCUUAUUAAUGGCUGUUUAUAUUGGAGUUUAUUUCUCUGGAUACAUGGUUUCAAAUAUGUUUAUUGGAUUAUUGGCAUAUGUCAACUUAUAUUGUUUCUUUGUUGCAAUUCUUAAUUUACCAUCAUUAGAAAGACAAAAUUCUAAUAACAGUGGUGUUAACAUUGCUAAAUUAGACACUGAACUUAAGGUUGAAACAUAUGACGAUGAUGAUGAAUUAAUUGUUGAAAAUAAAAAUGAAGAAGGAGUUCUUGAAGAUUCUAUUCCAUUAAAUUAA